UUUUAAUAUAAUAUGGAUUUUAUAUAUUUGUUAUAUAGAGAAAAUUAUUUCAUCUCAAAUAUUAAUUUUAAUAAUGGAGAAAAUGGAUUAACACUACCAGAGUCAGAUGAAUUUCCAUAUGUGCUGGGUAACGAGGAUUGUUUGGAUGAAAAGUUUGUAAUUAAAGGUUUUUCUAAAUUGGCUCAAAUUAAGGAAAAUGAUUCUCAAUCUCUACUCAAAAACGAUAUACACAUUUCAAAGAUUCCACAAUUACAACAUAAUUUGAUAUUGAGUAAUAAGUAUUUAAUUGAGGAUUAUUAUUAUUAUUAUUCAUUGGAAAAUGGAAUCGUAAUAUUUGGACUUAAUUUGACACAUUCUUUGAUUAAAGAAAUUUCUGGAAAUAAUGUAAAAAUAACUUUUAACGAGUUGAUGUGUAAAAAUAUACGUGUGGAAUCACGGACUAAGCGGAAGAAGAUUGAGAAUCAGAUACUUGAGGAAAUUUGCAAAUUAGAAAUUGGAGCUACAAAAUUUAUAGUAAAACUGCCCGAAAAAUUACUGAACUUUGAAGUUGUCGAAUUAAAUACUAGACUAGAAAAUGAACCAGAACUAGUCGAUACUGAAGAAGGAUGGAUAGCUUUACUUUUGGAUAAGAACAAUAAAACGCCUGAAAUAUUGUCAAAAUCUCAUCAUGAAUAAUAUUUUACUCAUUU